AUGCAAGCAAAGAAACGUUACAUUCUUCUUACACUAUCUAUAAUAGUAAUAUUGUAUUGCUGUAUUGACGGAUUUCGUAUGAAGACUGAAAGUUUUCAAAAGAACUAUCGCACUGACCUGCCCUCCUUUGCAACUAUAGAAGAACUUUACAAAGCUCCGUCGCCUCUUAAACGCAAUCCAGAUUCAAAAAGAAAGUCAUGUCGAAUGGAAUCCUGUUUUAAUUAUGCUAAUUGUGGAAGUGAUCCCAAAGUUUAUGUAUAUCCAACCGAUGGUCCUGUUAGUGCCACUUAUCGAAAAGUCCUGUCAGUAAUUCGCGAAUCUAGAUAUGCAACGCGUGAUCCAUCUGAGGCAUGUUUAUUUGUACCAGCAGUGGACACACUGGAUGCAGACCCUUUAUCCUCGGAACAUGUGGCAGAUGUUGCAUCCCGACUAUCACGAUUACCACACUGGAAAAAUGGACGUAAUCACUUAAUUUUUAAUCUAUAUGCUGGUACUUGGCCAGAUUAUUCAGAAGGAUCUUUGGGAUUUGAUCCAGGCGAAGCUAUCUUGGCUCGAGCCAGUGUCUCAGAAGCACUAUUUAGAGAGGGAUUUGAUAUAUCAUUACCACUGUUUCAUAAGGAGCAUCCUGAGAGAGGUGGUACACCUCCUGCUGCGACUGCAAAUCCUUUUCCUGCACCACGGCGACAUUUACUUGCGUUUAAAGGUAAACGCUAUGUACAUGGCAUUGGCAGUGAGACUAGAAAUUCAUUAUGGCAUCUUCAUGAUGGUAAUAAUCUUAUCUUGGUUACAACAUGUAGACAUGGAAAAUCUUGGAAAGAUCUUAGAGAUGAAAGGUGUGAUGAAGACAAUAAAGAGUAUGAUAAAUUUGAUUAUGAACAACUAUUGGCUAAUUCCACAUUUUGCCUUGUGGCUAGAGGACGACGUCUUGGUUCAUAUAGAUUUUUGGAAGCAUUGGCAGCUGGUUGUGUACCUGUUCUUCUUAGUAAUGGAUGGAGGCUACCAUUUGAUGAACGAAUUGACUGGAGGCGUGCAGUUAUUUGGGCUGACGAACGUCUUUUACUACAGGUACCUGAGUUAGUUAGAUCUGUACCACCAGAGCGUGUGCUUGCUUUAAGACAACAGACCCAGCUGUUAUGGGAACAAUAUUUUUCUUCAAUUGAAAAAAUUGUUUUUACAGCUAUUGAGAUUAUAUUGGAAAGGAUAAUGGCACAUCGAACAUCCCGACAUCGAGAAGCAUUAAUAUGGAAUACAUCUCCGGGAGCAUUGGGAACAUUAGCAAAUUAUGGUGAUUCCCGGGCUCAUCUGCCUUUGGGUGUGACUGCUCCCGAGCCUCCUCUUGCCCCAUCUUCAUCCCCGAUGCCUCUUCCAGCCCCAUCAGUGCCUUUAAUUGCUCCACCAUCCACUCCCGGUAAAACAUUUACAGCUCUCUUGUAUGUUCAAGCUACAUCACCUGCCUUACAUAAAUUACUCGCGAAUAUUGCUAGUAGUGAAUUCUGUGAGAAGGUUGUGUUGGUGUGGGAUAGUGAGCGUGCAGCGCCUUCUUUGAAAUCAUUAUUGCGAAUGGCCGGCGAUGUACGAGAUCCUUUACCUGUCACAGUAGUUGACGCUACCACACACUAUCCAGGGGAAGGAGUAUCAGCUAGGUGGCAGCCACUAUGGGCGAUUCCAACAGCUGCUGUGUUUUCACUGGACGGUGACGCGCCGCUUUUGGCCGAAGAAUUGGAUUUUGCCUUUCGAGUAUGGAAACAAUUCCCUGAACGUAUUGUUGGUUACCCGGCGAGAAAUCACUUUUGGGACGAAUCUAAGGGCGCAUGGGGUUACAGCAGUAAAUGGGGUGGUUCCUACUCUAUGGUGCUACCAGGGGCAGCACUGGUGCAUCGGGCGGCAUUAGCCCAAUUCGCAGAAGCCCCGCCCGCCUUAAGACUGGCCGUGCGGCGCGCUCACAACUGCGAAGACAUCCUCCUUAAUUGUCUCGUUGCCCAUCUGACGCGCCGUCCGCCCCUAAAGCUCGCCCAACGCAGGCGGUAUAAGACAUCUCAUCAUCGAUACAAGACUUCUUGGACCGAUCCCGAACAUUUCGUCCAGCGACAGUCGUGUUUGAACACUUUCGCCGCCGCCUGGGGUUAUAUGCCGCUUGUUCGUUCCGUAUUAAGACUGGAUCCUAUACUUUUCAAAGACCCAGUCUCCACCCUUAGAAAGAAGUAUAGAAAAAUGGAAUUAGUCACGUCAUAG